AUGAGCCUUAAUGACUCUGCCGUGAUGGUUGAGGCACAGGACGAACACGAAUAUGGCAUGAAGGAGUCCCUCUACGAGAGAGGCAGAAAGUUUUUAGACAAUAGGGAACAAAAGUUAAUGAAGGAAAGAGAAAGAUUGGAAUCAAGAGGAGAGAAUGAGUGCACUUUUCAACCAACAAUUUCGAAAAAGGCUAAAAAACUCGUUAGAGAAGAGAAUUUAUAUGAAUUCAAUAGCAAAUGGAAAUCAAAAGUAGACCAAAAUCUUGAGGAACUGCGAGCAAAACAAGCUCAGAGGGAGGAAGAAACGAUAUUCUCUAAACCUGCUCCUCUCUCUUUGGUAUCCCAAUUUAUCAUAAUGAAGAAGAUGGAACAAAAGGAAUAUAGUGGUCCAAUAUCGGGAUGGGAAAAAAGAUUUGAUGAGUUUCGACAAAAACCAUCGGGUGUAGAUGAUGAGCAAUAUGAUUUUUCUCCCAAAAUCAAUGAAAAGUCAGCCUUACUUGCACAAAAACAUAGGUCCGAGCAGGAAGCAGUUUUGGAUCCCUUUGAAAGAUUGUAUGAAGAUUCUAAAAGAAAGAAAGACGAAGAUCUUUCAUGGACAAAGAAAGAGAAAAGAAAGAACAACACUUCAGAACACAAUACCAGCUCCAACAGCACAGAUGAUGAAAAAAACAAAACCAAGCUUGCUGAAUUGGAAUUUUACAAAAAGGUAAUGGAAAGGCAAUCAGAAGCUGAAAGAAAGAAAGCCAAGCUCAAGGAGGAUGAAAACGACAAAUAUUCAUUUAAACCACAUAUCAACAGACACUCUUUAGAUUUAGCAAAACACAUUGAAAGACAGCCGUUGUACUCGCCAAGGAAGACACAAGAGGAUCAAAGUUCUAUUAACAUUAAUGACAGCCAAAACGCCCAUAAAAAGAAAUUUGAGGUGGAAUCCUUUCUUCAAAGGAGGUUGCAAAAAGAAAAGCAACGUCAAGACAAGAUCAAGCAAAUGAAACAUGACAUAGACGAGCUUGAAAUGAAGGAAUGCACUUUCAAGCCUAUUAUUAAUCCCAAGUCUCUUGAGCUUGCUUCUCUGUGGAUUGAAUCUUUUGACAAAGAUUUGGAGGAAUUAUACGAGUUUGAUCCUCGCUUUAACAACUCAGGAUCUCCAAAGGCAUAUCUCAAAAAGCAUUCCAGCAAUUACAUUGACUACUCCAUUUCCCCUAAACACAAUACUUCAUCUGCUGAUAGAAAGAAAGCUGUUGACAGCAAAGCUAGUUUGAUUAUUAAUUCUCUUUUUGAUGAAAAUUCAGUUGUAAAAGACAGAACUCCUUAUCGACGUACUCCUACUAGUACUUCAAAGAGCACACCCAUAAAAUCCCCAGGUGCACCUUCAGAUAUCUCCCCACUCAUUCAUUCUGAUUCAAAGAAAGAAGGUGCAAUAACUCCUUCCACUAAUACGAAACAUAUCGACGAUUUUGACGAUGACGAGCUGGCAUCAAUAGAAAAUGAAAUGCAAUCUGCCAUUAAGGAGUUUGAAGAAUGGAGUCAAUUCGACAACUUGUCCCUGUAA